GAACUAUGCCAAAACUUGCUUACCUGGUCCUUGAGUUGGCUGUUACACAUUCACACAACCUACUGAAACCCUAAACUAUUUCAGCUGACGCUUUUAAUCUCAACAAACUAGGAUUUUUUGAAGAUGUCCAUCACAGUCUAUUACAGUAGUGUUAGUGGCUCCAGAGAGCUGAAGCAACAUCAGACUGAGAUUUUUCAGUUCCUGGAUGCUAAGAAGAUCAAGUACCGUGUGGUGGACAUAACAGAAAGCACAGACAAGAAAGAGGAGAUGCGGAAAAAAGUGGGAAACCCCUCAGCGAUGCCUCCACAAGUCUUUAAUGGAGACAAAUACUGUGGGGACUAUCAGAAUUUUUUUGAUGCAGUGGAGGAUGGGAAACCAGAGGCAUUCUUCAAACUCUGAGCUACGGCUGGGCACCUGUGCUAAAUUAAUAUGUUUUUGAGAGGGAAGGUUUUAUAGAUCAAGAAACUACAUAUUUUGCACCAUUAAAUGAAUGAAGAUUUCA